CUCUCUUUCUCAGUCCUCAACUUUCGUCUUCUUCUUCAAUUGUCUUUGGUUGAAACCCAAGAUUUCAGAUAGUGAGGAGGCUCAGUGGGAGCAAUGGCUUAUAGGAGUUUGGAGAAGUUGGCGUCUAUUGACGCUCAGCUUCGGGCUCUGGUUCCGGCCAAAGUGAGCGAGGACGACAAGCUUGUUGAGUAUGAUGCUCUGCUUUUGGAUCGGUUUCUGGAUAUUCUCCAAGAUUUGCAUGGGGAAGAUCUCAGGGAAACGGUCCAAUCCUGUUAUGAGCUUUCUGCUGAGUAUGAAGGAAAGCAUGAUCCACAAAAACUUGCAGAACUUGGAAAUGUACUGACAAGUUUGGAUCCUGGGGAUUCCAUUGUUAUAGCAAAAUCCUUCGCUCACAUGCUUAGCUUGGCCAACUUGGCUGAGGAGGUCCAGAUUGCUUACCGCAGACGAAACAAACUGAAAAAGGGUGACUUUGCAGAUGAAAAUUCUGCAACAACUGAGUCAGACAUUGAAGAAACUCUCAAGAGGCUUGUGGGGGAAUUUAAGAAGUCUCCUGAAGAGGUUUUUGAUGCUCUUAAAAAUCAGACUGUAGAUCUUGUCUUCACUGCUCAUCCUACACAAUCAGUCCGUAGAUCCUUGCUUCAGAAGCAUGGGAGGAUCCGGAAUUGCUUAACGCAGUUGUAUGCCAAAGACAUCACUCCUGAUGAUAAGCAGGAGAUUGAUGAGGCGCUUCAGAGAGAGAUUCAAGCUGCAUUUCGUACGGAUGAGAUCCGUAGAACAGCUCCGACUCCCCAAGAUGAGAUGAGGGCAGGGAUGAGCUACUUCCAUGAAACAAUCUGGAAUGGUGUCCCAAAGUUUCUGCGACGUGUUGACACAGCUUUGAAGAAUAUUGGGAUUGAUGAACGCGUUCCCUAUAAUGCCCCACUUAUUCAGUUCUCUUCUUGGAUGGGUGGUGAUCGUGAUGGUAAUCCAAGAGUAACUCCUGAAGUCACAAGGGAUGUGUGCCUUCUGGCUAGAAUGAUGGCUGCUAAUAUGUACUAUUCUCAGAUAGAGGAUCUCAUGUUUGAGUUGUCUAUGUGGCGCUGCACUGAUGAACUCCGUGUUCGUGCUGAUGUACUUCACAGGUCCACAAGGAGAGAUGCAAAGCACUACAUAGAAUUUUGGAAGCAAGUUCCUCCCAAUGAACCUUACCGUGUGAUCCUUGGUGAUUUAAGGGAUAAGCUUUAUCAUACACGUGAGCGUUCUCGUCAGUUGUUAGCCAGUGGGCACUCUGAGAUUCCUGAGGAAGCAGCAUUGACCAGUGUUGAGCAGUUCCUGGAACCACUCGAACUAUGCUAUAGAUCACUCUGCUCUUGUGGUGAUCGGGCAAUUGCCGAUGGCUCCCUUCUUGACUUCUUAAGGCAAGUCUCCACCUUUGGGCUUUCGCUUGUGAGACUUGAUAUUCGGCAAGAAUCCGAUAGGCACACUGAUGUCAUGGAUGCCAUCACCAAGCAUCUGGAAAUUGGCUCCUAUAGAGAAUGGUCUGAAGAACGCCGUCAGGAGUGGCUUCUAUCUGAACUUAGUGGCAAGCGUCCGUUGUUUGGCCGUGAUCUUCCAAAGACUGAAGAAAUUGCUGAUGUUUUAGAUACAUUGCAUGUGAUAGCAGAACUCCCUGCUGACAACUUUGGAGCAUACAUCAUCUCAAUGGCAACCGCUCCAUCUGAUGUCCUUGCAGUUGAGCUCCUGCAACGUGAAUGUCAUGUGAAGACCCCACUAAGAGUCGUUCCACUGUUUGAGAAGCUUGCAGAUUUGGAGGCUGCUCCUGCUGCGUUGUCUCGGCUCUUCUCAAUUGAUUGGUAUAAGGAAAGGAUCCGUGGAAAGCAAGAAGUCAUGAUUGGGUACUCAGAUUCUGGUAAAGAUGCAGGGCGUUUCUCAGCUGCCUGGCAGUUAUACAAGGCCCAGGAGGACCUUAUAAAGGUUGCCAAGGAUUUUGGUGUGAAGCUAACUAUGUUCCAUGGUCGUGGUGGGACUGUUGGAAGGGGAGGUGGACCAACCCAUCUUGCUAUAUUGUCUCAGCCACCUGAUACGAUUCAUGGUUCCCUCCGUGUGACUGUCCAAGGUGAAGUUAUUGAGCAGUCCUUUGGAGAGGAGCUCUUGUGUUUUAGAACACUCCAGCGUUUCACAGCUGCUACACUAGAGCAUGGAAUGCAUUCCCAAGUUUCACCAAAACCAGAAUGGCGUAAACUUAUGGAUGAAAUGGCUGUUGUAUCUACCGAGGCCUACCGUAAUAUUGUUUUCAAAGAACCCAGAUUCGUCGAGUAUUUUCGUCUGGCUACACCUGAGCUGGAGUAUGGUCGGAUGAACAUUGGCAGUCGCCCAUCAAAGCGAAAGCCUAGUGGAGGCAUUGAGUCACUUCGUGCAAUCCCAUGGAUCUUUGCCUGGACACAAACAAGGUUCCAUCUUCCAGUGUGGUUGGGCUUUGGAGAAGCUUUCAAACAUGUCAUUGAGAAGGACAUUAGGAACCUUCACAUGCUGCAAGAUAUGUACAAUCAAUGGCCAUUUUUCAGGGUCACCAUUGAUUUAGUUGAAAUGGUGUUUGCCAAAGGAAACCCCGGAAUUGCUGCUUUGUAUGAUAAACUCCUUGUUUCAGAAGACCUAUGGUCAUUCGGAGAGCGUUUGAGAGCUGACUAUGCAGAAACCCAGAAAUAUCUUUUGCAGAUUGCUGGACACAAGGAUCUUCUUGAAGGAGACCCCCAUCUGAAGCAAAGACUUCGCCUGCGUGAUUCGUACAUCACCACUCUCAAUGUCUGCCAAGCAUAUACACUGAAACGGAUCCGAGAUCCUACCUACCAUGUGACUGUUCGACCACAUCUGUCCAAGGAUAUUAUGGAGUCAAACAAACCAGCUGAUGAACUUGUGAAGCUGAACCCAACAAGUGAGUAUGCCCCUGGUUUGGAGGACACCCUUAUCUUGACGAUGAAGGGUAUUGCAGCUGGCUUGCAGAACACUGGUUAAACAUGCGUCUCUUAUGUGUUUCUAUGCUUUUUUGCUUCCUGUUUUUCUGUUUUAUAGAGAUGGGCUGUGUCCCAGAAACUGAAUUUUUAUUUACAUGAAGUGGAUGCCUUUUGAUCAUCCACCUUAAAAGGUCAGAUAACUGCUGUUCUACGAUCAUAUUACGGUGCUCAAACAUAGUCACCAUUGUUAUACUUGCCUCGGAAGAAAUUGAACUCAAUGUUACCCUUUGUUGUGCUUAAUACAGAUGGUGAUAUGAGACUUCAAGUUUAAUAACUUGGUUAUUGCC